CAGUGACUGGUGGCUGCAGGAGACUCCGGGGCUGGAAGGAGCGCUGCGCCGCCAGCCGCUAACGGACCGCGGGGGCAGCCGCUGCUCGCCACUGCUGCUGGCCGCCUCCAGCCUUCGCCGAGAGAAUUCCUGCAUUCUAAAGGAAAAAUAAGCUUGAUUGCAGCACAGCUACACUCUAGAUUAAUUCUGACAGUAUACAUCUUCUUUGGACUUUGUAUGCUGACCCCCUCUGUCCCCUUGCUGUUGAUGCCAGUGUUUACUCAUCUUUCACUCAAGAAACCUUACUGCAGGAUAAAAUUGUCAAGUAAAGACGUUGGUGUGGAAAUUGAAACAACACAAAUAUUUUGACUGAGGCUUUGAUCAAGCAAAUGCUAAAAAGCCACGUAGAGAAGAUCCCUAAUAGUCAUUUCUCAGCAGUUAUAUAGUCAACUGAUGUAACGAUGGUCCUAAUAUUAGGACGAAGACUAAACAGAGAGGAUCUCGGGGUGCGUGAUUCCCCAGCAACUAAGCGUAAAGUUUUUGAAAUGGACCCUAAAUCUCUGACAGGCCAUGAAUUUUUUGACUUCUCUUCAGGAUCAUCCCAUGCUGAAAACAUACUCCAGAUAUUUAAUGAAUUCCGAGAUAACCGAUUAUUCACAGAUGUUAUCAUUUGUGUGGAAGGGAAAGAAUUUCCUUGCCAUAGAGCUGUUCUAUCAGCCUGUAGUAGCUACUUCAGAGCUAUGUUUUGUAAUGACCACAGGGAAAGCCGAGAAAUGUUGGUUGAAAUCAAUGGUAUUUUAGCUGAAGCUAUGGAAUGUUUUCUGCAGUAUGUGUAUACUGGAAAGGUGAAGAUCACUACGGAGAAUGUACAAUAUAUCUUUGAAACAUCAAGCCUCUUUCAGAUCAGUGUUCUCCGUGAUGCAUGUGCCAAGUUCUUGGAGGAGCAACUUGAUCCUUGUAAUUGCUUAGGAAUUCAGCGCUUUGCUGACACCCAUUCACUCAAAACACUCUUCACAAAAUGCAAGACUUUUGCAUUACAGACUUUUGAGGAUGUGUCCCAGCAUGAGGAGUUUCUUGAGCUUGACAAAGAUGAACUUAUUGAUUAUAUUUGUAGUGAUGAACUAGUUAUUACUAAAGAGGAGAUGGUUUUUGAAGCUGUCAUGCGUUGGGUCUAUCGUGCUGUUGAUCUGAGAAGACCACUAUUACAUGAGCUCCUGACACAUGUGAGACUCCCUCUGUUGCAUCCCAACUACUUCGUUCAAACAGUUGAGGUGGACCAAUUGAUCCAGAAUUCUCCUGAGUGUUAUCAGUUGUUGCAUGAAGCAAGGCGGUACCACAUACUUGGGAAUGAAAUGAUGUCCCCAAGGACUAGGCCACGAAGGUCAACUGGCUAUUCUGAGGUGAUAGUUGUCGUUGGCGGCUGUGAACGAGUUGGAGGGUUUAAUCUUCCAUAUACUGAGUGCUAUGAUCCUGUGACAGGAGAAUGGAAGUCUUUGGCUAAGCUUCCAGAAUUUACCAAAUCAGAGUAUGCAGUCUGUGCACUAAGGAAUGACAUUCUUGUUUCAGGUGGAAGAAUCAAUGGCCGUGAUGUCUGGAUUUAUAAUUCACAGUUAAAUAUUUGGAUCAGAGUUGCUUCUCUAAACAAAGGCAGAUGGCGUCACAAAAUGGCUGUCCUCCUUGGUAAAGUAUAUGUUGUUGGAGGCUAUGAUGGACAGAACAGGCUUAGCAGCGUAGAAUGUUAUGAUUCCUUUUCAAAUCGAUGGACUGAAGUUGCUCCCCUUAAGGAAGCAGUGAGUUCUCCUGCUGUGACUAGCUGUGUAGGCAAACUGUUUGUGAUUGGUGGCGGACCUGAUGAUAAUACUUGUUCUGAUAAGGUUCAAUCUUAUGAUCCAGAAACCAAUUCUUGGCUACUUCGUGCAGCUAUCCCAAUUGCCAAGAGAUGUAUAACAGCUGUAUCCUUAAACAACUUGAUAUAUGUUGCUGGUGGACUGACCAAGGCAAUAUACUGUUACGAUCCAGUUGAAGAUUACUGGAUGCACGUACAGAAUACAUUCAGCCGGCAGGAAAACUGUGGUAUGUCUGUGUGUAAUGGUAAAAUAUAUAUCCUGGGUGGAAGACGGGAAAAUGGAGAAGCCACAGACACUAUUCUCUGUUAUGAUCCUGCAACAAGCAUCAUCACAGGGGUAGCUGCAAUGCCCAGGCCAGUGUCCUAUCAUGGCUGUGUGACUAUCCAUAGAUACAAUGAGAAAUGCUUUAAGCUCUAACCCCAGGAUGCUUCACCCAAGAAGCCACACCGAUCCAAGAUGAGAGGUUUCAAAAGCUCCAGAGUGGGACCUUGGCAUAUCUCCUUUGUGCCAUAUGCACAAAAAGUAAAAAUAGUAACUGUGGUGCCUUUCUCCCCAAAAUAUUAAUCUUUCAAACUGUAAUAAAGCCUUCCCUGUAAUUGGAAAACAAAAGGGGUUUGGGUUGUUGUUGAAGAUAAUAGUGGUGUUGCUUGGGCUUUGAAAAUGCACCUUUGUAAAUAUUUGUGAGAAACCUAUGUGGAAUAGGAAAUUCUGUCUGAUUACCUUGUAAGAAUUUGUGAUUGGUCUCUUCAUUUAUGUAUGUUAUCUGCAAGACUGUAUAUUCCUUAUUUUGUCAUAUAGACAGAUAGAAAAUUGCAUGACUUAAGGCUUCAUUUAGGUUGAAUCACGUAAUGCUUACAACACAUCCUAAGGAAGAAAAAUCGGUUUUCAAAAUCUUUGUCACUAAAAAUAUAUUCAAACUCAUUAAUUUUACUGAAAGGAUUUUUUUCUGUAAUUGAUAAAAAUGUGAUGACAGCAAUUUGAGUAAGAUACCAAAUUAUUACUUCAUGCUUAGAAUUGCUGUCUUAUAUUAAACGUAUUUUUGAGA